GCAACUUCUCCAUUAGGCACCUCGAAAGGGAGGUCUAAGAAGACGAGAAGAAGGCAAUGGCAUGUAAUACCCACACUGCUGGCUGCUUUUUCCCGCCGCUUCGGAACCCUGUGGACUCGGAGGUGGUUGAAGGGAAAGUUUUCACUGGUGAGGAUGACAGCACAUACAUGCAUGCAAGAGGGCAGGAAGCCACGUACGAUGGAGUAUGCUCGCAGAUAUGGGACCAUGUCACAAUGAGGAGUGACGUUCUGUCUGCCAUGGACAUUGGGGCCCGUGUCAUCCCUGAAGGACAGUUGCAGCAACAUAUGGCCCCUGAAAAGUAUGGCUAUCGUGUCAAUUGGGUCCCAGGUUGUUUGCAUCCUGCAGUGGUUGAUUGCAAGGUGACGAUGGCAGCAAGACUGCAAUCAGGGCAUUGGCUCCUAUUGGGAUGGAUGCAUGCAGGCAUUGUGGAGCAUUGGCAGUUCCUCGUGGUUCUGACACGUGUCUCAAUUUUCAAUGUGAAUGUAACGGACCAUGUCCUGGUGGUUGAACACGCAAAGCGGUGCUGGGAGAAGAUAAGGAAGGAGGAGCGUCAUAUGGUGUGCGCGGGUUAUGACUAUAUGGCUGACCAGGGGAUGUGGUCCAUGGUUGAGGGGAGUUGUACGGCCCAAGAGCACGGCGACGAUGAGAACAUAUACAUGGCUCGCAUUCGCCGCAGGCACGGUUGCACGACCAUUCUUGGUUGGGUCCCGGUCGUAUAUCCCAUGACAUAUGAGCAUGGUGGAGACGUCACCAUGAGAUUCAGAGACCCGCUUGGUGUGCCUUUCCAUCUGACCUACUCAGAUAGACUCCUGCGAGACAUUCGGUAUCUGCCGGAGGAUGGCUUGCCAGGUUCAGCGCAGGCAGGCAAGAGGACAGAGAAGCGCUUAGAAAUUUCCCGUUUGUCUGCUGAGGUGGAGGGCCCAUGUGGUCCUGGUCGCGUCGGGGGGUGCUCUGCAGCACAGGGUGACAUGGGCGGGCCGAGCGAUGUCGCGAUGUCGCAGAGCCCGGGGAAGAAGAAGAAGUGCACGCCGGGACCGCCACAUGGGCAGACGCCCGCAGGUAGAAAGAAGGUGAACCCGAAGGCGGUGCCAGGGACCGGAGACACCGCAGGUGCACGAACUCAGGUCUCCAGACGCCGUCGACGCCUCGGGAUGGCAACUUUGUCGGAAAUCAGAAAGUUGCAACGAUCCACUGACCUUUGCUUGGCUUUCAGGCCGUUCUUGCGUCUCGUGCGCCAGGUUGUGGAGCGGGACAUUGCUCCGGGUAUGGGCGUGAGGUUUCAGAUGACGGCGGUGCGUGCUUUGAUGGAGGCUGCCGAGGCGUACUUGGUCGCCAAUUUCGAGAACACCAACGAGGUGGCCAUCCAUUCGAAGAGGGUGACGAUCCAGGUCAGAGACAUGAGACUGGUGGAUAGGUUGUCGAAGCCUCGCUGGGUUGAGAAAUAUCAAGGUAUGUUGGACGAGAAGGCGAGAGCUGAGGAGAGACAGGAACGGAUGGACGCCAGACAGACGAAAAGGGAUGGCAGCAGAGCAGGGGCGAAGAAGAGGAAAGCAAGAGAAGAGGACGAAAGACAAACCGUACGCAUCAUGUCGAUGUCAGUAGCACAGGUGGAGGCUGCUCUUGCAGAGGUAAUGAAGUAUGCAAAGGAGGGCGUCCACUACAACGGUGACAGCGAGUUGUCUUUGCUUCAAGACAGGGUGCCGAGGUACUUCAUAGUUGUUGUGGAUACGAGAUCCACAAUCAUGGCAAACGACGAGGGCCGUGUCAAAGCACGAACACUCUUGCAACGCUUCAGAGAGUCACCACAUGUACGUGUGCACAGCGAUAUGGAAGACAGUGUAUACAGUCUGAAAGGAGUGGUCCAGUGGAUCUGCGGCGAAAGGAUGUCCGAAGAAGGAGACGUGGACAUGACAAUGCAGCAGACAUGGGGAACAUAUACACCUGCGAACUUGGGCAAGUUGCUGGGCACUAUCGUACGGAAUGAGGGAAUGCAGGUUGAUGGGUCGAAGGACAAGUUGAAGAGUGGUGCUGCAGAAAUAUUGGUGUUGUCCAGAAUGAAGGACAUUACACAAACACCGCCAGAAGACUUUCAAGAUGUUCCUAUCAUUGUCGCAGAUGGUGUGGAAUAUAUUCUGCUGGAUCAACUUGUGGACUUCAUGAAAAAGAGUGACGAGACAGGAACGUCAUCCAUGAGGCGUUGCACGAAGUGACAGAGUUUGCACUGCAAGGUCAAGAUCUGAUAGAAUUCGUGCCCGCAAUAACAGAAGACAAGAUCAUAUCUGGCAGACCGUUGUGGAGGGAGUUGUUAUCAGCUGCUUUGGGGCGGCUCGGUCUUGCAAGCUGCGAUAUUGAAAGACAAAGAGAAAGAGAAGAAGGGUGGAACGUGAUGGUCACGGAAACAAAUUUAGCAAUCAUUC